GACAAUAACCCAAUAGGCAAUCACCCUAGAUUCGGUAGAACCCGAUCAAAUCAGACGGUUUGAUCUGUUGACCGAGUCACUCUCACAGCCUCCCAACCUCAAGCCUAGAAGUUCUCUUAAAAAAAAGUAUUCUAAUUUCCGAUGGCGGUGCUCUACGAUCGCCGAUAUUGUUUGUACACAUAUGUCCGACUAUUCUCGCAAUCUGAAACCUAAAAAUCAAUAAUCUUCAAUCUCUAGCUCGUCAAUUGACUCUCCUUCUCCCUCCUACAUAGCCCUCGGAACAAGCAACCAAACUAUCCUAUCGCAUAUGUUCGGUCGAUCUCCUUUCAACACUCCUUUCACGCGCCUUCUCCCUCCAGUUUUUGCCAACCGUACGUAGAAGCGGAGAGGAGAAGAGACACAUAUAAGAAAAAGGAGGGGAACGAGAGAAGUAAAUUGGAGGAGGGAAGACUGAAGCGAGAGGAGUAGAUUAAAAAUAGAUCUGGGUUGAGGUGGAGAAGAGAAAGGUGGAAAAAAGAGGGAGAAGAAGAUGAAAGUAAGUGAAGAAAGAAUUUUUGGUUGCAUGUAUAUUUGUUUAGUAUUCACAAAGCUCAAAUGAGACUUUUGUAGAUUGUUCAAGUGGUAGUGGGUUUUUUUUUAUUAUACUUAGGACAAAAAAAUAUAAAAAUCAAUAAUUGUCUCAAAUUUGAGUUGACCCAUAUUCAACCAUUGAUCUAGAACCAAGUUGUUGACCGGGCUUAUGGGUCCAUUUAGAUUAACAACCUUAAUGAUAACAGAUUAAUAGCUAACAUUUAUUUUGCAUUUUCAAUGAUUUAACUAAUAUUUACUAAAAUUAAAUUUUUUGGCAAUGAUUCCCUCCUUGUAAUUGGGAUGAAAUCCUGAAAUACACAUGUUUUUAAAAAAAAUAUUCCAAAAAUACACACGUUAUAAAAAAAAUUCCCAAAAUACACAUGUUUGGACAUCACCGCUAUUGUCAACCGCAGUGAAUGCAUUCACCGCGGCAGACCAAAGUAGUGAAUACAUCACUUCGGUUGACGGCUCGCGGUGAAUGCCUAACGUAACACUGAAACUUCAAACAAACGUAACUUUGCGCUCGGUUAUCCGAUUGUAGCGAAGUUUUUUUAUUCCAUAUAAAUUUUCAAGAUCUUUCAAUCUACAACAAGACUUCAUCUAAAAAAAUGUUGUUUGUUACCCCGAACGAGCAAUUUUUCGAUUUUGACAAACUUUGGAAGGACAUAACUUUGAGCUCCUCAAUCCGAACGUCGUAAAGUUUUUUUUUUAUUGCGCAUAACUUUUUAACAACUAAAACUUUUACUAGGAAAGAAUUUUUUAAAAACGAAAUAUUUUUGGGUAUACGGGAUUUUGGGAAUAACUUUUCCUUUACUUUUCAAAUAUCCACAUACUUUCCAAAAUUAUGGUUAUAAUCAAAGUUUGGGUGCGCCUACGGUGACAUGCACUUUUCGGUCGACCUCAGUUAAGAUUAGGUCGACCUCAUGUAGGAUUAGGUCGACCUCAUUUAGGAUUAGGUCGACCUCAUAUAAGAUUAGUUCGGCCUCAUUUAGGAUUAGGUCGACCUAAUCGGUUGUUUCAGUGUAAAAACAGUUUCAAGGUGCCUACUUUGGAGAUUCAUAUCUUACAAUUGGCUCGAUGACAAUUGGAGAUUAAUGGCUUGUUUUGAAGCUGGAGUGUCCCUCUACACAUUGAAGUGUUUGGGAGCUCGAUAGGAAGUCCAGAAGACCAUUUUUGAACUUCAUCAAAAGGUUAUGCCAAAACUGGAAAACUGGCUGAAAAUGGCCAAGUGUGGGAACGUGUUUGUAAGCCUACUUUGGAGCUCAAUUCGAGAAGUAUGGAUGCGAGUCGAGUCCAGGGGCCUCUACCACGUUAAAUUAGGUAUGUUUUUAUACAAAGUCAAGUCAUUGGAUGAAAGAUUCGAUAUCUGUAAGGCUUCAAACAAAAGGGUCGAAGUUGCUACGAAGGAUGUUUUUCUGGCAGCUUGCUUAUGUUCGAAGUCUGCCAGAAAAAGUCUUCGUAGCAACUUCGACCCUUUUGUUCGAAGUCUUAUAGAUAUCCAAUCUUUCAUCCAAUGCCUUGAAUUUGUAUAAAAACAUACCUAAUUUAACAUGGUAGAGGCCACUGGACUCGAUUCACAUCCAUGCUUCUCAAAUUGAGUUCCGAAGUAGGCUUCACAAACACGUUCCCAGACUUAGCCAUUUGCAGGCAGUUUCCAAGUUUUGGCAUAGUCUUUUGAUCAUGUUCAAAAAGGGUGUUCUGAACUUCUUAUUGAGCUCCCAAGUACUUUAAUGUGUAGAGGGACACUUCAGCUUCAAAACAAGCCAUUGAUCUCCAAUUUCCAUCUAGCCAAUUGUAAGAUAUGAAUAUCCAAAGUAGGCACCAUGAAACUGUUUUUACACUGAAAUAACAGAUUAGGUCGACCUAAUCCUAUAUGAGGUCGAACGGAAAGUGCAUGUCACCGUAGCAAAAUCAUAAAAAGUUUCAUGACAGUGGGAUUGUGUAGCACAAAGUUAUGGAAUUCCAAAGUUUGUGAAAAUCGAAAAAUUGCUCGUUCGGGGUAGCACAUGAAUUUUUUGGGAUGGAGGCUUUUUAAAAAUUGAAAGAUCUUGAAAUGUUACGUGGAAUCAAAAAAAAAUUCGCUACAAUCGGAUAACUGAGCACAAAAUUACGUUUGUUUGAAGUUUUAGUGUUACGUAAGGUAUUCACCGCGACCGUCAACCGCGGUGAUGCAUUCACCGCUUUGGUCUGCCGUGGUGAAUGCAUUCACUGCGGUUGACAACAGCGGUGAUGCCUAAACAUGUGUAUUUUAGGAAUUUUUUUUAUAACGUGUGUAUUUUGAUAAUUUUUUUUAGAAAAAUGUGUAGUUUGGAAUUUUUUCCAUUGUAAUUGCCUCCCGCCAGCUGCAGUCCAACCAGAAGCAACUCCGCCAGCCCGCCACUGCCCGACGGACGACUCAGUCACAGGCUCACAGCCCACAGGUGGGUUGUGUUGUGAGAUUCUUAUGGCAAACUUGCGCUGUUAAUUUAGCAAGUGGGGCAACACCGCGUUGCUAAUUUCAGUCAUCCCUCCUGUCCUGCCUGUUUGUUAAGGCCCGAAAGUGGAGCCCACAGCCGCCUGACAAUUUCGCCGGAAGUAGCAUCCACGCUCCAGAACCGCGUGUGAGCCACUCUUUCACUCCAUCGUUUUCCCAAACUCAACAAACCCCCCCCCAAAACAUUAAAAUAGUAAAGUCAGUCCAAAAAUACUUAUAUAUGUCUUUUUUUAAUAUAAUCUCCUCCAUCCUGCAGUCCAAAAUACAUAUUAUCAAAACUCAAAAGUGAAUAAUCGGUAUUUCCACAAAUAAAUAAAUAAAUAAAUAAUCAGUCUAUUAUGAUAAAUAAAUAAAAAUUAACUAAUCAAGUAAUUAGCUUCAGCUCCGCAAUUCAUAAAAUCAAAAUGAGUCCACGCCAACCCCAACACAACCCAGACAAACACUCUCUGCCAUUCCCUGCGUUCUUCUUCGUCGUCGCCACUGCAAGUCCGCUCUCUCUCUUUCCUUUCCCCUCAACCCUACCUUUCAGCCUUCUUUCCCAGUGCCGCCCGCCAUGAAAGCUCCCGAGACCGACCCGGUGGUCGAUGGCCCAACCCGGAUUCUAGCCUCGGUUCUGGAACAAAUCCCGGGCGUGGUCGCCUUCAAGGGCAAAUGGGCUGUCAUCAAAUCCAAACUCGGCGACCUCCACACCCUGCUCCUCGAUUCCAGCGACUUCCCGGCUUCCACUUCCAACCUUCUCUUCCUCGACCUCCUCCGCUCAAUCUCCCACACCCUCGACGACGCCGCCUUGCUCGCCGCCAAAUGCCAGUCCUCCAAUUUCCUAUCCGAAGGCAAGCUCAAGACCCAGAGCGACCUCGACUCCGUCCUCGCCAGGCUGGACCGCCACGUCAGCGACGGCGAGCUUCUCAUCCGCAGCGGCGUCCUCCACGACGUCUUUUCCGGCUCCUCCUCCAAGCGCGACGCGGUUCGAGCCGAGUCCAGGAACUUGUUGACCCGGCUCCAGAUCGGGGGUGCUGAGUCCAGGAACUCGGCGAUUGACUCGCUCCUCCGUCUCCUCGGGGAGGACGACAAGAACGUCAUGAUAGCCGUCGCUCAGGGAAUAGUCCCCGUGCUCGUCCGAUUGCUCGAUUCCAACUCAUGGGAGAUGAAGGAGAAGACUGUGGCCGCCAUUUCUAGAGUCUCGAUGGUUGAAAGCAGCAAGCACGCGUUAAUCGCUGAAGGCUUGCCGCUGCUCAACCACUUGAUUCGGAUCCUGGAAUCGGGUACGGGUUUCGCCAAGGAAAAAGCCUGCAUCGCGCUCCAAUCCCUAACCCUUCCCAUGGAAAACGCUAGAGCAAUCGGGUCCAGAGGUGGGAUUUCUUCCCUGUUGGAUAUUUGUCAGGCGGGAACUCCAGCUUCUCAAGCUUUCGCAGCUGGGGUGUUGAGGAAUCUGGCGGCGGUGGAGGAAACCAGAGAGAAUUUCAUGGAGGAAAAUGCUGUGUACGUUCUCAUGGGUCUGGCGGCAUCAGGGACUCCAUCAGCGCAGGAAAAUGCAUUUGGGUGUUUAUCCAGUUUAGUGAAAGAAGAUGAUGAAUUGAAGGUCUUGAUUGUUAAGGAAGGAGGGAUGGAGUGUUUAUCCAAUUUCUGGGAGUCGUGUCCUCCAGUGAGAUGCCUGGAAGCUGCGCUUCAACUAAUCAGCCAUUUGGCUUCAAACGAGGCAAUAGCUGAAGUGCUGGUUUCACAUGGGUUCGUCUCUAAAGGGACAUCGGUGUUGAAUUGUGAGGUUUUAGGGGUGAGGGUAGCGGCAGCGAAAGCUGUUUACCAGCUCGGGUACAGUUCUAGAAGCAGGAAGGAAAUGGGGGGAAGUGGAGAAGGGUGUGUGAGCUUGCUGAUCAGGAUGUUAGAUGGUAAAGGAGUGGAAGAGAAGGAAGCAGCAGCCAUGGCAUUGUCCCGCCUGGUUCUGUGUCCAGGGAACAGGAGGGUUUUCAGAAAAGACGAGAGAGGGCUGGUUACUGCUGUUCAGUUGCUGGAUCCAAAUGUGGAGAAUUUGGAUAAGAGGUAUCCAAUCGCAAUACUGUCAUCGCUUGUUCAUUCCAGCAAGUGUGCGAAGCAGAUGGUUGCAGCUGGUGCUUGUCUGCACUUGAGAUCGCUGGUCGACAUGGAAGUGGAAGGUGCUAAGAAGCUGUUGGAAGGUCUUGGCAAGGGCAAGAUUUGGGGUGUCUUUGCCAGACCCUAAUAGCAACAACAAUAACAGAAAAGCCUGUGAGUGAAUUCAUCCCAGUCCCACCAUGCUUGCAAGCUCUGUAAUGUACAUGAUCUCUCUCCUUUGGUUUGCUGGGUAUUUGGUUUUGAAGCAUCUUUCUUCUUUUGUUCAUAUGGGGUUGAGUUGUCUUAAUUUAGGGAUCCACAUCACAGGCUGUUACUUAGCACCGAAAGCUCCUGUUUGUAGACACGUAAUCUUUUGGUGGUUCAACUAACUAAGAUUCGGGGUUCCAGUGUUAUUUAAUGCGAAGACCCAGAAGAGCAGCUCAAUAAUGCACACUAAUGUGAUUGUACACCAUACUUAUUGCUUUUCUUCCUUUUCAUUUUUGAGCUUUUGACUUGUAAUUUGUAUAUGCUUCCCAAGCUGAAGUGUGAAUGAUUGAAGACUUGUCAACUGCUGCUUUGUUAAAAUGUUUCAAUUUUGAGUAUGAAAUUGCAGGAGGCGGUUCACUUUCGCAACCUUUAUCUACCACCACUUUCCCUAAGAAUAAUAUAACUUUUCGGGAUGAAAUUUGCUUUGGAAAAUGGAUUUUCAGCCUUGAUUAUCAUCCUGAUGAGCAUCUGCCCAACCUAGUAUUUGUCCAAGUCCAAAAUUUUAUUAAAUUAAAAGUAUACCGGUACCCCAAUUUACCCUCAAUGAUGAAACCGAUUUCCAACCGAAUAAUACUUCGGUUCGGUCUGGCCAAACCAAAAUAUAAGUUGGUUCGGAUCGAAAAUCUCAACUAAACCGAGCUUUAAUUCCCCCCGCCUUUCUCCACAACUUCCUUCUUCAUUAAUAUCCAAUCAAUUGAUAACCUUGAAGAGAGUUGGCGUUUUUACCAAAAAAAAAAAAGAAAAAAAGAAGAGAGUUGGCGACUGCGAGAGAUGAGGAGAGAGUUGGUGAUGCUGCGACAAGAGGAGGAUCGACGGCUGUAAUUGGUUGCUCGGUCGGGGACGGCGAGAAAUGAGAAGAGAGUUGGCGGACGGCAGGAGACAAGUUGAGGAUCGGCGAUGCGGCGACGGGGGAUGGCGAUUGAUUCAGCUUUGUGACUUUCGGGCUAUGGCGGUUGGUGACUUCAAUUGGUUGCAGAGUCGGCGACGGUGAGAGAUGAGAGUUGGCAACGACAGGAGAUAAGAGCAGGGACGGGGAUGCAGCGAUGAAAUUCGAAACCUCGGUUCGGUUGAAAGAAUUAUGGUUUCAAAAUUAGGACAUUUUUUUUGAAUUUCGAAUCGAUUAACAUUAUUUUGGUUUUGGUUCAAAUUUAGUUCAGUCCGGCUCAGAUUGCUUUUACCGAACUGGUUGCUCACCCCGAUUAUCAUGAUAAUAUUUUUUUAUGGUAUAUUAAAAUUUCAUGAAGUUCGAGAUGAGUAAAGUAAGGAACUUUUG